AUGUUACUCUUCAUUCUGCUCGCUUUCUGGGCAACGAGCUCGUGUGGUGAAGCUAUUGGUAUUCACGCUUUGAGAAGCUCAUCCACUCCGCUCAUUAAAAGCUCAACCACCGCUACAAGCUCUAGCAUUGCUGUGCCAUCAACCAUUACCACAGGACCUGUCACAACCAGUCCAGUCCCCAUUAACACUUGCUCUUACUACAAUGAAACCGAAUCGCGGACUUUAUGGAACGAUCCUUGGUGCAGCAUGUACGCUGGAAUGGUUGACUUGGUCUACUGGCCUACCGACAACAACUCAUACCCGUCAACUUUCUACGACCACAAACAUGAUUACACAUACUCGUCGCCGUCGGUGUACAUGGUUGUCAGCACAUUAUAUGGCUGGAAUCCUUGUGGCUUGUUGGGGCCCUCGACCAGCAGAGAGGUCUUUGCCUUUGACCUGACUGAAGUUUCCACGCUUGUUCCAUACACUGCCUUGACGGAAACUGCCAGACGAGCAACUAGACAGCUCUACCUCAGCGAUUUGGGCGUCAAAUGUUCGACCGAGUACAACAAGACGGAACUUGCGACUCAAACACACCCGAUGAAAUCCGAUGAUACGCGAUGCAACCCCUUUCUCGUGGUUCCUGCGGCUGUCAAGCAAUUUGGAUACCCGUACCGGUUGCACUGCGGCGUUGCUAACAACAAGUUUGGUCUGUUUGACCCUCCAUAUGCGAUACCUCCAACCGAUGAGUUGAUACCCACAACAACAACGGCUACCACCGACUCGGAGACUGAGAACACCACAGCCGCCGCCUCUGCAUCCACUAAGGCAACAGCUCCAACGAAUGCUGAGGCCACUGAGUCUGCUACCACAGCGGACGCUACUGCCACAGCCGACCCAGUCAACACCAGCUCCAGUGAUUCCAGCCCCGAGACAACUGAGUCUGCUACUGCCGAUCCAGAAAGUCCAGAGAGCACCAGUACCAAUGAUGCCAGCAACUCGGUCGGUGGAGAUACUGUUGUCUCCAAUCCAGGAAACACAGAUACUGCUGCAGCCAACACCGGUGAUUCCCAAAUUUCCACAGGUGCUGCAGUGGGCGGCGAUAACUCUCAGCCAACUGCUACUGCCAAUCUACCCUACACAACCGUGACGGGAGCCGAGGGCCAAUUCAACCCGACCGACUACACGGGCGGCGUCAUGUCGACAACCUCUACACAGGUAGUUAGUCUUGGAGCAGGCGGUCUUGAGGUCAUCAACCCCGACACAGGAGUAACAAUUACCUCAGCCUACGGUGACAAAGUGCCUGUCACUACAGCCGUCUACAACGGACAAACGUUGACUCUAGGAGGCUCAGCCGCGACGGUUACCAAUGUUGUCGUUGUGGUGUCUCCUGGUCUUGCCGGGCCAACUGGCGCUACCGACGCUGCAGGCGCGGGCGCCAACGGUGGGGCUGUGUCGACAACCUCUACACAGGUAGUCAGUCUCGGAGCAGGCGGUCUCGUGGUUGUCAACCCUGAUACUGGAGUAACAGUAACCUCUGCCUAUGGUAGCACGGUACCUACUACCGCUAUCUACAAUGGACAAACGUUGACUCUCGGAGGCUCGGCUGUGACAGUUACCAACGUCGUCAGCGCAUCUCCUGAUGCCGCAAGCCAAACUGGUGCUGCCGAUGCUACAGGAUCGACAACCUCUAAUCAGGUAGUCAGUCUUGGAGCAGGCGGGCUUGUGAUUGUCAACCUCGACACUGGAAUCACCAUUACCUCCGUUUACGGUACAACUGCGCCUAUUAAAGCCGUCUACAGCGGGCAAACAUUGACUCUCGGAGGCCCGGCUGUGGCAAUUACCAAUGCCGCCGCGAUAUCUUCUAGUUCUGUGAACCGAACUAGAGCAAUCACCGCUACCACCGCGUCAAGCUCAAGUCAUACCAAUGUCAGCAGUAUAUCUUCUGGUCACACGGACACAACUGGCGUUACCCACGCUACAAACUCGGGCAAUACGCCCAUCGCAACCUCUACUACGGCACCAGACUCGGCAGCAAACAAGCUUUCGGGAGGCGUUGUUGGGCUGCUUCUGACCCUGUUGGCUUCUAUCUGGGUGUAG